AUGACAAAUGAUCUGGGAAUAGCCUUUUACAUCACCAUUUGCUGCACAGUCUUCAUCAUAUCGAAGAUCGUUCUUAUGAUCCUUCUUUACAAGCGAUGGAAAAGAAAGGACGCCAUUUAUGAGCAAGGCUUCUCAAGUGGGAAGAUGAGCACAUUGAAAUUAACCAACAACGACAUCAUCGGCGCCGGUGGGUACGGAACCGUUUACAGGUUAAUGAUAAACGAAACCAUGGCCUUCGCUGUCAAAAGGCUUAACAGAGGAACUGCAGAUCGUUGUCAAAACAUGCGUCUUUCAAUGAGUAGUGAAAGGUGUAGCAACUUUAGUCAUCUCUCUUUUGAGCUUCUCCCAACAUCCAAGUCCUAUCUUUCUCUCAAACCCCACCGAUCUUCCGACUUCGCUUACUGCACUAUCCGAUCCGUUGUCAACUCCGCCGGAAAAACCGGCCUCAGUUUCCGUGAUUUCCGACUGCUACGCAACAUAGGUUCCGGCGACAUUGGGACUGUCUACCUCUGUCGGCUGGCUAACGUGGAUGAAAACUGUUUUUAUGCGAUGAAGGUGGUGGAUAAGGAAGCGUUGGCGAUGAAGAAAAAAGUGCAACGUGCUGAGAUGGAGAAGAAGAUCUUGAAGAUGCUGGAUCAUCCAUUUUUGCCUACUUUGUACGCUGAAUUUGAAGCUUCUAAUUUCUCAUGUAUAGUUAUGGAGUAUUGUUCAGGAGGUGAUUUGCAUUCUCUUAGACACAAACAACCUCGAAAAUGCUUCUCUUUGAACUCCGCAAGGUUUUAUGCAGCUGAGGUUCUGGUAGCUCUUGAGUACCUUCACAUGCUGGGUAUUAUUUACAGAGACCUAAAACCGGAAAACGUUUUAGUACGAUCAGACGGUCACAUCAUGCUCUCGGAUUUCGACCUUUCACUUUGCUCCGACGCUAUCCCAGCCGUUGAAUCACCGUCGUCUUCUCCGGACCCAAUGCCGCCACGGAAUCAGUCCGGCAACUGUCCCCAGCUAACCCGACUCUCCUGUCUCUUCCGUAGGAUCCUGCGGUCGAAGAAGAUCGAAACGCUCGCACCACCAAGCAAGCUGUUCUUCGUGGCGGAGCCUGUCGCUGCCCGAUCGGAAUCCUUCGUUGGGACCCACGAGUAUGUCUCACCGGAGGUCGCCUCCGGUGGGUCUCACGGCAAUGCGGUUGACUGGUGGGCUUUCGGUGUCUUCGUAUACGAGAUGAUCUACGGGCUUACGCCUUUUGCGGCUCCAUCGAACGAGCUUACGCUGCGGAACAUCGUCGAAAGGCCUCUCGCUUUUCCAACCCAAUCGCCUUCCUCCCUCCUUGAACACCACGCGCGUGACCUCAUUUCCGCCUUGUUGAACAAGGACUCCAACGCUCGCUUGGGAUCCAAACGCGGUGCUGCCGAUAUCAAAACGCACCCUUUCUUUAAAUCGCUGAAUUUCCCACUCAUUCGGUCGGUGGCGCCGCCGGAGAUACCGAGGAUAAGGCGGCAAUCGACAUCGACGUGUAACCAGACAAAUAGCGAGGAACAAUCGACCGCGUUUGAUUACUUCUUCUGAGAAAGCUCAUCUGCAACGGCGUUGUUUGCGCCACGUAUUCUGUCUGCUGCUGUCAUACGUAGUUGCGUAAAUAUAACCAGAAAAGCAAUGAAUUACAGUUAUUAGGGGUUGAAGAGUCAACUUUUUCCCUUUUAUUAAUUCAAAGUCUGAGCAAAUCCUAUAUUAAUUACUUUGACUU